AAAAUGUUUCUCGACUGUGAUUGGUCGAUUUCAGUGCAAUUAAUCCCGAACAGCAGUGCAAAAAUCUGUAACAACAGUGCAAAAAUCUGUAACAACAGUGCAAAAACCUGUAACAACAGUGCAAAAAUUUGUAACAGACCAAUCUGAUUGGCUGUCAUAAAUAUAUCAGUUAAUCAAAUUUGAGCUACGUUUUGGCGGGAAAAAUAUAAUGCUUGCCCCAAACAAAACAAACCAAGAUGGCGACGGAAAUCAAGCACGGAAAUUUGGAUUUUCGCGAUUUUUUAACGUUAAAACAAUGGUUUCACAACAAAAUAUUUAAGAAAUAUAACGUCGCUAAAGGAAAUAUUCAAUAUAAAGGAAAAAUCGAUCAACAAAAUGUACAUGGAGACAAGAAAUACAAGAAAUACUCGUAACUCCCAGGAUGACGGACCUGCUAUAGUUGCUUACGUUGUUUGAGUUUCAGUCGAAAGUGUUCCUGAUUUUUAGGAACAUGGUUAUCUAUGGAGAGAAGGACGAGGCAAAGUUUGACGAGAGCCGGAUUUUAACUUGUGGAAAUGUUUCGUUUGUUUAGAAAAGGAAGAAACAAUAAUGGCAAUAGCAAUCAAUCAAGAAAUCAGAAACCAGACAGCAAUGAAGGAUUCUUUGAGUCUCAAGCUGCCAAAUUUGUAUCUAAGAUGGGCAUGGAACUGGACAAGGAAAUUGUUGUAUUUCCGGAGGAGUCCGGGGAGGAAGCAAGAAAAGGAAUUACAGUUAAUUCCAUUCAUUUUGGAACAUAUUUUCAUGGAUUUGGCUUGAGGAGUAAUGACAUCAUCUUUUCAGUGAAUGAUCUACCAAUAAUUUCAGCAGAUUUGGUGAACAAGCAGCUACGUCACACAAUAAAUAUUAGUCCAAUCAGCCAAUUGAUAAUGAGACUCAAAAGACCUCAUGGAGUGGGAUAUAAAUAUGUCGAGCUAAAUAAUAAAGGGGAUGAACCACGCCACAAGAGUGGAGAGUUAGAAUACUUACCGGAUGCUGGCACAUGCAAAAUAAAAAGCGUAUAUUAUGACGGAAAAUAUCUUACGGUGGAUGACCUUAGCGGAACAAAUCAAUUAAUCAGCGAUACAAAUGCAACAAAUAAUAGCAUAGAAUUUACAAUUCGUCAAUAUCAGCCGAGUGUCUGGUUACAUCCCCUAAAUCCAGAAUUUGUAACAUUACAACACAACGCCUCGGGAGAGUAUAUUUUGAUAGACAAUAAUGGACUUCUGUCGAAUACGCAAAUCCAUCCCGCACCGCUACCAUCGCCGCCACCAUCGCCACCACCGACACCACCGCCGAUAAGCAACACCAACGUUUACCUUUUUCAAGUUAUCCAACCACACCUCAAUCAGCUGAGUCAUUGCAAUUGUCCAUCAAACUUCGUAACCUUCCAACCGAUCAACGGAAUUGGUACUGCAAUUGGUUUUAAAAGUGUAAAUGGUGCUUUAACAGCUUUAUUGAUGACUCCCGGAGAUUGCAAAACACAUUUCCUGAUAUUCUAGUUAUGGUUUAUAACACUGUUAUUUGAAAUAUGUCAAAAUAUAUACGACAUAUAUUAAUACUGAAGAAGAACUUAACCACGCGCCUUUGUCUGGGCCGCAUGCAGUGUUGAACAAAUUAUUGUUAAUGGACGAGACUCAAUGUACUAGGU